AGUCGCAGUCGGGAGCCUCGGAGCCGCCGCCGCAAUGGGGAUGUCCAAGUCACGGGGUUGCUUUGGGUACCCCCUCAGCAUCCUCUUCAUCGUGGUCAAUGAAUUCUGUGAAAGAUUCUCCUACUAUGGAAUGCGAGCACUGCUGGUUCUGUACUUCAGAAACUUCCUUGCCUGGGACGAUGAUCUGUCCACGGCCGUCUACCACACCUUUGUUGCCCUGUGCUACCUGACUCCAAUUCUCGGAGCUCUGAUCGCAGACUCAUGGCUGGGGAAGUUCAAGACAAUUGUCUCAUUAUCCAUCGUCUACACUAUUGGGCAAGCAGUCAUCUCGGUCAGCUCAAUUAAUGACCUCACCGACCACGACCACGACGGCACCCCCAACAGCCUUCCCGUGCACGUAGCACUGUCCAUGAUCGGCCUGGCCCUCAUCGCCCUCGGCACCGGAGGAAUCAAGCCCUGCGUGUCCGCUUUUGGGGGAGAUCAGUUUGAAGAGGGUCAGGAGAAACAGAGAAACAGGUUCUUUUCCAUCUUUUAUUUGGCUAUCAAUGCUGGAAGCCUGAUCUCCACCAUCGUCACACCCAUACUUAGAGUUCAACAGUGUGGAAUCCACAGUCAACAAGCUUGUUACCCACUGGCCUUUGGGGUUCCGGCAGCUCUCAUGGCUGUUGCCCUAAUUGUGUUCGUCCUCGGCAGUAGAAUGUACAAGAAGUUCCAGCCCCAGGGCAACAUCAUGGGCAAAGUGGCCAAGUGCAUUGGUUUUGCCAUCAAAAACAGGUUUAGGCACCGAAGUAAAGCAUAUCCCAAGAGGGAACACUGGCUGGACUGGGCUAAAGAGAAAUACGACGAGCGGCUCAUCUCACAGAUCAAGAUGGUCACAAGAGUGAUGUUUCUGUACAUUCCACUCCCCAUGUUCUGGGCCUUGUUCGAUCAGCAGGGCUCCAGAUGGACACUGCAGGCAACGACCAUGUCAGGGAAGAUUGGAACAAUUGAAAUCCAGCCGGACCAGAUGCAGACGGUGAAUGCCAUCCUGAUUGUAAUCAUGGUCCCCAUCGUGGACGCUGUGGUGUACCCUCUUAUUGCAAAAUGUGGCUUAAAUUUCACCUCCCUGAAGAAGAUGACGGUCGGCAUGUUCCUGGCUUCCAUGGCCUUUGUGGCGGCUGCAGUUGUACAAUUAGAGAUCGAUAAAACUCUUCCAGUCUUCCCUGGUGGAAACCAAGUCCAAAUUAAGGUCUUGAAUAUAGGGAACCAUAACAUGACUGUGUAUUUCCCUGGAGAGACUGUGACUCUGGGCCAGAUGUCUCAAACAAACAACUUCAUGACUUUUGAGGCGGACAAGCUGACAAGCAUAAACCUGACUUCCCCCGGAUCCCCAGUCACUGCAGUAACGCACAGGUUUGAGCAAGGCCAUCGCCACACCCUUCUAGUGUGGGGCCCCGAGCAGUACCGCGUGGUAAAAGAUGGGCUUAACCAGAAGCCAGAAAAGGGAGAAAAUGGAAUCAGAUUUGUCAACACCCUUACGGAGAUGGUCACCAUCGAAAUGAGUGGAAAACUGUAUGAAAAUGUCACCAGUUACAAUGCCAGCAAUUACCAGUUUUUUCCUUCUGGUGUCAAAGACUUCACAAUAAACUCCUCCGAGGUUGCCCCAAGCUGUUCAAGUGGCUUUAAAUCUUCCAACCUUGACUUUGGCAGCGCAUAUACCUAUGUGAUCCGAAAGGCGGGUGAUGGCUGCCUGGAGGUGAAGGAGUUUGAAGACAUCCCACCCAACACGGUGAACAUGGCUCUGCAAAUCCCACAGUACUUCCUUCUCACCUGUGGCGAGGUGGUCUUCUCCGUGACGGGACUGGAGUUCUCGUAUUCCCAGGCCCCGUCCAACAUGAAGUCUGUGCUUCAGGCAGGCUGGCUUCUGACCGUGGCCGUUGGCAACAUCAUCGUGCUCAUUGUCGCGGGGGUAGGCCACUUCCCCGAACAGUGGGCUGAGUACAUCCUGUUCGCCUCACUGCUCCUGGUGGUCUGUGUCAUCUUCGCCGUCAUGGCCCGGUUCUACACCUACGUCAACCCCGCAGAGAUUGAGGCACAGUUUGAUGAGGAUGAGAAGAAAGAGGGUGUUGGAAAGGACAACCCGUAUGCUGAGGUGGAACCUGUCUCCCAGACAAGCAUGUGAGGGUCAGAAGGCAAGCGGGAACGCGCAGUCCAGCAAGCUCCCUGAGUUCUGCCGCAAGGGACAGGGCACUCAU